AUGGAUCAACAACAGUUGAACCUCGGACAUCUUUUAACCGCCGCCCGUCUUCUUGACAUUGGCGCUCUUGACAUCUCAUCCCUGGAUCUUGGAGCCCUGACCUCCAACGCAUCCUCCCCUGGAUCCUCAUCCCCAACGAUGUUCGAUCUUACAAAUGAAACCGAACUCAGAUCUAUCCUGACUGGAAAGAUCACAAAGAAGCAUUCCUCAUCAUCUUGCUCAUCCAACGCCUCCACCUCAUCCCAACCUUACUGUCCCUCGCCUCCAGCUAGAAAGUCCUCCAAACACAGUAGGGCAGCUCACAAUGAGCUCGAGAAGACAAGAAGAGCCAACCUUCGAGGAUGUUUGGAAACUCUGAAAGUCUUGGUUCCAUGCGUUACUGAUGCCACCAGAAAUACCACCCUUGCACUUUUAACACGAGCCAGGGAUCACAUAAUUGAACUCCAAGAUGCGGUUGCAGACCAAACUAGCAAGCUGCACCAACUUAAAGAUGAACAUGAAGCGCUGGCCGCUGAACUUGCUCAACUUCAAGCCGAUGAUGAAGUAGAAGAAACAAUGAGCAAAGGAUGUCUGACACUCUUGCCACCAAGUCGGCCCGAAUCCCGAGCAUCAUCUUUUAUUUCUUCAUCAUCUCGCGAUUCGCCAUGCUAUCUGGAGUACUCGCCUUCCAGCAAACCCAUGGAUUGCCAUAAGCCUACAAUCAUUGAUCUCUACGCGGAAGGACUCAUUCCAAGAGGCCCAAUCACUUUUCCACGACCUGUUGUCGCCUCUCAUAACGUCUACGAUCUCCUGAAUUUCCCUCCAACUCUGUUCGACGUUUCGCAGUUCUUGCCUAUCAAUCUUUCAGUCUAA